AUGGCAGCAGAGCUGACUCAGGACCAGGUGUCGUGGACCAGGAGAGAAUUGGAAAACGUCUCCUUCAGAUGUACAGACACUGACCAGUGUGAGGUUUAUGAUACAGGAUAUUUCACUGUGGGCGUCUAUAUCUUUGGACGCGGCACCACCCUGGUUGUUACAGUCAGGUCAGUGGUGCGGCCCAAAGUGAGCGUCUACCCAGCGACGGGAGCUGAUUUAAAGGGCCGGCGCUCCCUGCUGUGUGUAGCCAGAGACAUGGUCCCUGAGGAGGUCCGGGUGUCCUGGAGGAGGAGAGGGGGGGGCGGAGGGGGGGCGGAGGGGGGGGAGCAGCUGGAGCUCAGAGGACCGACAUACGCUGCCAGCAUCCUGGUUAUUGAUCAGGGAGAAACCCUCACAGAUCAAUACAUCUGUAGAGUUGAGCAUGAGAGCGGUCUGCAGGAGGUGGAGGUCCGAGAAGGCCCCGGAAAGACAGAUGUUACCUUAGCGACGGCAGUAACUACGGACCCCCGGCGUCCAGGGAGACCCAGAGAAGGUCCUUCAGAUGAAACACACCGGGUCCCAGAGUCCCUCCAGGUGCUGUCCAGAGCCAGGCUGGCGUCUGUGCUCUACACAGUGAUGGUGGUGAAGAGUGUGCUCUGCUGCUGUGGCCUGGCUCUCCUGCUCCUCCACACCAACAAGACCAGCAGGACGCCCAGAACCAGCACCACCACAGCCCUGGACUGACGCUGCUGUCCCCCAGAACCAGCACCACCACAGCCCUGGACUGACGCUCCUGUCCCCCAGAACCAGCAGACCCACCUUGUACAACCUUAAGAGGUCAUCAUGUCAUCAUGUCA